AGUAAAACAGUACAAGUUGGUGAAAUACAAAAUACUUCUGAAAGUGGAGUGACCCUCCAAAUAUUUUGGUUUUGUUAUAAGCUCAUUAGUUCGAACUAGAAGUCUAGAACUGUCUACUGUUUCAACCGUUUCCAAAAUUUCUUUAUUCAUUAAUAUGAUUUUUUUUUUAUUUGAAGGGGAAAAGAAAAAAAAAAAAACUCAAAUCACCCUUUUUGCUUGAUAGUGUAAUGAGCAAUGUUGUCUCAGCAGGGAAUGUUCAGCUGUUCAGUUUUCAUGACCAAAAGUGGUUUUGUUUGUGCUGAGGUUUCUGUAGGAUAAAAAGUUUGGGUUUUUAUUUCUCUAAUGUACAGUGGUGAUAAUGAUGGAAAUGACAUGCAUGAUGAUUAUUAUUUGAUGGCUUUUAUCUUUUGCUUUGCUCUCAAGUGCCAUCCUAUGUUGGUGUGUGGAGCAUCUAUUCUGUAUAACUUUGAUUCCCUUGAAAUCUGAUCUGGCUUAUCUUUUUUUUUUUCUUCUUUUGGGACCAAUUUUCACCCACUAUUUCCACCCUCCACUUCAAAUUUACUUGCUUUGUGUUUGUGAGUGCCUGUUAUCAAAUCUCCAAAAGCUCAAAGAAACUGGUAUUGUGUUCGGCAUAAGGAAUUAGGAUUGAUUUCAGGGUGUAUUCUGUACCUUUUUCAUUUUUAUCUUUGUUUUUUCAUUUGUGCUUAAUGAAGAGCUUUGGAGAUGUAUGAUAUAGAAUUGUAGGUUUGUGUUGUUAGGGUUGAGAAAAAUGGGAUCUCAGGGUGGGGCAGUGCAAGAGCCAAAGACUACUACCCCUUUGGCUAGGCAAGGGUCCUUGUAUAAUCUGACCCUUGAUGAGGUGCAUAACCAACUUGGGAAUUUGGGGAAGCCACUUGGCAGCAUGAAUCUUGAUGAGUUGCUGAAGAGUGUGUGGAGUGCUGAAGCUGGUGGUGGUGGUGAGGCUUCUGGCUGGGACUUUGGUGUUGGUGAUGCUACUAACAUGCCGCAUGGCAAGGCUGCUGCUUCCGGCUCCUCUCUGAAUCCUCAGGGGAGCCUAACUUUGUCUAGGGAUCUUAGCAGGAAAACUGUUGAUGAGGUUUGGAAAGAUAUGCAACUGAAGAAGGUCACUAAUAGGGAUAAAAAAAUCCAGGAAAGGCAAGCUACACUGGGUGAGAUGACUCUGGAGGACUUCUUGGUGAAGGCUGGAGUGGUUGCUGAAGCUUUGCCUACCAAGGGUGGGGCUAUGUCAGGGGUUGAUUCAAAUGGGGCUUUCUCACAACAUGGCCAUUGGUUGCAAUACCAGCAGCUCUCUUCUUCGACGCAGCAGCCGAAUGUGAUGGGGGGUUAUGUGGCUGGCCAUGCCAUUCAGCAGCCUUUCCAGGUUGGAGUGAAUCUGGUUUUGGAUGCAGCAUACUCCGAGCAGCCGGCUUCUUUAAUGGGGACGUUAUCGGAUACACAAACUCCAGGUCGAAAAAGGGGUGCCUCUGGUGUUGUGGUGGAGAAAACUGUGGAGAGGAGGCAGAAGAGGAUGAUUAAAAAUAGGGAAUCUGCUGCUCGGUCACGGGCAAGAAGACAGGCAUACACACAAGAACUGGAGAUUAAAGUUUCACGAUUAGAAGAGGAGAAUGAAAGGCUUAGAAGACUAAAUGAAAUGGAGAGGGCAUUGCCAUCUGUGCCACCACCUGAGCCUAAGCCAAAGCAACAGCUUCGCAGAACUAGUUCAGCCAUCUUUUGAUAUCUUAAUUGCAAUGAAUUCCUAAUUCUUGCCCAUGCUAUCACAUCACAUAGCUCUCAUGUGCAUUAUACUCCCGCCUCUUCAAGUUUGGUUAUAGAUGGGAGGCUAUUGUUUGUGAUGCUAUCAGUUCUCCCCAGCUUGCUCUAUUCUACUAAUGUUUACCUCUUAUGUAUAUUUUGAUUACAACUUAAGCUGCUCUAUAAAUAUACUUACUCUAAUUUUGGGCCCAUUUGUGGGAAUUAUGAAAUUAUAAGUCUUACUUUUUAUUUAACAAGUCUC